AUGAUAAACGUCGAGAUCCGCCUGCGCCGCGCCAUCCGCCUCAACGACCUGGUGCUCGUGCGCCGCAUCGUGCGCUCCAACCCGCACGUCCUGCGCAACCCAGACUUCGAGGACAAGAGCAACACCUCGCUGCACCUGGCCGCCCGCGACGGCUUCACCGACAUUGCUGCCUUCCUCAUCGACGCCGGCCACGAGAACGAUGGCAUCUCGCGCAACACGGACCACGACACGCCGCUGAUGCUCGCCGCCUCCUGCGGGCAGGUCGAGGUGGGCAUCCUGCUGGCCGCGCGCUUCCCGCAGUGCGUGCCCUACAUCAACAACGCCGGCAUGGAUGUUCUCAUGCACGCCUCCAAGAACGGCUCUUCCGCCCUUCUGCCGCACCUGCUCUCUGCGCCCUAUCCGUGCUCUCCUCUCGCCCACGACAACAACGGCAACACCGCCCUCCACCACGCCUCCGCCGCCGGCGAGCUGAAGUGCUUGCGCCUAUUGCUGCAGGCCGGCGCCAGCCCGCACGCACUCAAUGCCUACGCCUGGAACCCUCUGGCAUACUCGCGCACCCAGGCCGCAAAGCUGUACUUCGACGACCUGGUCACCGAGCAGGAGCGCGCACGCUCCGGCGAUCACCAGCAGCCACAGCGAGGCAAAGACGCCCAACAGCAGGCCCAGCAGCAGGCCCAGCAGGCCGCUCGCCGCGAAGCCCUGCGCUCCAACAAGACUGUCCCCGGCGGCAUCAGGCUCGUCCAGCAAGACACGGACCUACCGCCGCCGCCCGCAACUCCCGGCGACCCCAAUGCCAGCUUCCCGCGCAGCUCUCUGGACAGGGGACCUGGUAUGCCACGAUCAUCUUUAGAUAGAGGUCCCGGUGCGGUCCCGCUGCCACGCACGUCUUUGGAUAGAGGGCCCGGCGCUGCCAUGCCGCCCCUGCGAACGUCGUUUGAUAGAGGUCCCGGUGACGCGCCGCGCAGCUCUCUGGACAGGAGCUUUGCCGGGAUGCCAUUGCCGCCGCCGCUCAGAACGGGCGAUUGGAGUCCCGUCGAGAGGAGGAGGCCGAUGACGCCGAAGGGGUCGGCGGGUGGUGGCACGCCCACCAUGGGACAGAGCGAAUGGAGCGCUGCCAGAUACCAUUCAAGAGCGAGAGCGCAGAGCGGAGACUAG